AUGUCUCCUGCCUCAAAAGCUCCGGCAAACUCCACACGGAAUUCUCGGUCAGUAGAGCGACUUUUGCGGAAAACGUCCCCAAGCAAGAUGAAUUUAUCUAAAGAGAAGGAAGAACUUAAACGGCUUAACGAUCGUUUUGCGGCCUACAUAGAGAAAGUCAGAACUUUAGAAGAGGAAAAUAACAGGAUUAAAAAGAAUGCACGGUAAGUAAAGGUACUGAAAAACUUAAUUAUUUAACACUACAACAAGCCUGCAUUUGCUCGAGUUUCUCUUUCAACUUCUCUUUUAGGCCAAUCUUAUAUAAGUCAGGUGGAAUCACUUGCAUAUUGAAGAAACACUUUUAAAUGUUAAAACACUUUCAGGCCGUCUCGUAGACUGUACGACUGAAAUUCAGGCUAGGGUUUAGAGCAAAGAAUUAGGCGACAAGCAUAUUACUGAAUCAUAUUUCCGCCGAAUACAAACUUCAUCUUGGCAUAGUUUUCAAUAGUUAUCAGCCCAAAGUAAAGUCGAUUAUUAUUAUUACUAUUAUUAUUAUUAUUAUUAUUAUUAUUAUUAUUACCACUACGUUGUUUGAUGUGUCUUUGCACUUGUCUUUUUGACGAUAAUUUAUACUUUUUAUUAAUUUUGACCGAUCACGAUCUUUUUUGAUCAAACGUUGAGCAAGAUUAAACGUAUCUGAAAACCACCCAGGGAUGAUGGCGACUUCCUGUAUAAAGAUUUAAAUUAUUAUUAUUAUUAUUAUUAUUAUUAUUAUUAUUAUUAUGUUAUUAUCACCAUUUUAUUUCCUUGAAUUUGUAUCCAGCCAGUUUAUUAGUAUAUGCAUAAAGUUACAACAAUGUCAUUGAACUGUAGCGAUAAAAAUGAAUGUAAAUUUGAAAUGUUUUUCCUUAACAUCCGCACGUUCACGUUUCCAGGUUCUUUCACACCAAACUACAAUUUUCCAGUUUUCCUUUGGGUGUGGCUUGAAGUUUGGGUUUGGGUUGUUUUAAAGACUGUUCAGUGUUGAGUUUAGCUAUAACCCUAAAAUUACAAACUGCUUGAAGCUCUUUAUUUACUGUCUGUUAGGUUAUUUACUACAUCACAGAUAAAUGUAGUUGUUUUACACCCACUUAUCUUUACCUUUAUAUUUCAUUAUUUGUUUCAAGAAUUUUCUAAAUUCGCGUCUCACUUGAGCGUGACAAAUUCGAAUCACGCCUAUAAUACUCAACCAAUCAAUUAUUUGUUUUGAAAGGACGCAUGUUUUGAUUCGUCGAUUUACAUCACGUGCUACGAAAGAAGCGCCAAAACUUGAUACGGUUUGAGCGCGCUUUCUUGACUUACCGUACUCGGAGUCGUGGUUCAGACUUUGUUUUGCUGUGAUUUUAGCUUGGUUUCAAAAAUGGCUACCACUGCGGCCUCGCCUCGUACUCCUGCACCAUCAGAGAGACUUGGAGCAGCGUCUCCAAUCAAGAUGAAUCGAGUACAAGAGAAAGAAGAACUUCAGCACUUAAACGAUCGCCUCGCUGUAUACAUCGAUCGAGUGAGGUCUUUGGAAGAAGCUAACACCAAAUUAACGGCAGAGAUUACCAUGACAAAAUCGCGAACAAAAACAGAGGUCGAAACCGUUAAAGGUAUGUAUGAAUCUGAACUGGCCGAUGCAAGGAGGCUAUUAGAUGAAACCGCCAAGGAGAAAGCACGCGAGCAAAUUGAGAAUCGCAAGAACGCCGCACUGGCCGAUGACUACAAGAAGAAGUAAGCUUAAUAAGUGUAGUUGGCAUUUCAUGGUUAAAUAAUCUCCCAAGAACUCUACACUGCACACCACUAAGAAUUUAUUACUUCUUUAAGCUGCGGUUUUAACACAUAAUCUUUCGCUUUAAAGUAUAAAUAGUUUUUGACACGAUCAAGGCCGGUCUUGUUGGAGCAUGAAUAAUAUAUUCGAGAACCAAUAAUUGCACGUGUGGUUGGGUGCUUAUAUUAAUGUGCUCUUAGUCUUUAGACACGAAUGAAUAAUAUGGUAAUCAACAUUGUAAUGCUUAUAAGAGAGAUCAAGACGAUGUCGGUUUCGUGAGCCAGCUUCGCUUAAUCAUUGUCCUCACACAACAAUCUUGUGUUUUAACAUUUCAAGCUCUCUGCAAGGAAAUUAUUUUUUUUGCAAAGGAAUUUGUGUUAUGAUGGAUAAUUCCGUCCAAUAAACGCAGUAACACUUGUUGACGAUUUCAAGAAUACUUGUAAAUACCGUGCAAAGCAGAUACAAUUUCAAAAAUUCUCACUCUGGAUGGAUGUCGAUGCGUUGAAAAAUGUGUAAGGCGCGCCUUUUUCGGCUCUGCUUUGUCGUCAGACGCUUAUUUGAACAUGGACUUUCUCUAUUGAAUAAAAUAACUUCAAGUUUUGUGCAAUCUAACAGAAUUUGCUAGUGUCAACAAGAAUUAUUAUGUGUAAAAAAUAGACUAUUGGACAUGUGAACUUUGUUUGACAUGCCAGCAUGAUCGCCAAGGUUAGUCGUAAAUCACCUAUCCGUUAAACAUUAAUUCCUAUAGUUAAUAACGCUUUACAAUUCUUCGUGGAACGAUGUAGAUUAUGAUUUCUGAACCGAUAAUUAGCUUUCAGUUCAAGUAAACUAUUUUAACUUGGUAAGCAGUAAAUACAGUAAGGAUAGAUCUUUGCACAGGAACCUCAUGUUGAAAAAAUUAAUAAAUUCUGACCUAUCCUGACAGAGUUGCACACACACCUACUACUUGGGAAAAAUGCCAUUCAUCUACUACUCUUUCCAGAUUAAAUUUUCCCCCUUUCCAGCAUUUAUUUCGUGCGGGACACAGAUGUUGCAUAACAAGAACACGCUUAAAGCAGCAUCACGUCUUGCCUGCUUGGAGAUUAGAUUGAGAAAUGAGGAGGCAAUUAAUUCUACAAGAAACAUGAUUUACUCACUAAGGGUUUUCUACUUUCUACUUUGUCGACGUCAAUACUUUUUAUUUGUUUCUGAAUUGAUUUGGUAUGCAUGUUAGCAAUGACCAAAAUGCUAUACGCGUGUAUAAAUAGACGAAAAUUCAAGGGCCUUGAUUCCAGAGAAAUUACAUCAUUGCCAGAGAUAGAAAAAUUGUUUUACAUGGAAUGUCAUUUCAAUCAUUGCCGAAAAUAAAUCACAUGCUCAAGACUCAUUUGCGUACAGUGAAAGUUUACAACACCUGACCAUCCCAAUUUUGCUAAUUAAGAUUCUUAUUUCUUUUCUACCACUCAGUAGUGUUCACUUGCUCCGAGGUAAUCAACGCUUUCAAGCGAUAGAAUUCUUUGACCGACACAUUUCGGAAAAGCUCUAAAUUUAAUCUUUCCUAAGUUUUCUUCGCAAAACAUGGGUGGCUUCGAUCACGAUUCUCAGUCCCAGUUUCCACAGUCUCCGCAAGGAAUGCCUGGUACAAUGACCUGCCUUUUGUGUCCCAAAGUUCCGGGGGGUACUUCCAGAAAAAUUGGGAGGGGGUGUGCAGCACGCUUCCUGAAACUGUGAUUUUCCCUGCCCUAUUUCAGACCUGAUAAAAAAUUUGAUACCCUAUUUCAGACCUGGAGCCCAGGGCGUGACCGGAGUGCGUGACCAGCUGUCACGGCACGUACACGGUAGUUGGCGUAAACAUUAAAAGGGAAAUGGUCUUAUCGCCAAAUGAUGAAGAAUUACCUAAUUCCUCUAAAAAACAUACCCAAUUCAAGACUAGAGUGCACAAGCCAUACCCGAUUUCAGACGAAAAUGGUCGAAAUUGAUACCCUAUUUCAGACCAAAAUGGCUAAAAAAAACAUACCCUUUGGUGCGGCACAUACCUAUAUAGCCUAUAUAAGGGACUACCCCCUGGAGUAAAAAACGCGUUGCAGAUUGUGAGUCUUGCUGCUUACACAAGCAAGACUAACAAAAGAACAAAAACCACGAAACAAAUAUACCAAGCAGAUUUUUCCCUGAACAGAAAACAAGGAGGUCUUUUGUUUUAUGUCAUGUGUUCGGUACAUGAAGUUCUGACCCCCUUUCCUGGAAAGUUAGCGAAGCAUAAUGCCAUAAGAAGGAAAGAUGAUAAAAAGGGUAGCAAAACUAUAUAUAGAAAAGAAAUGUCAAGGAAAGAGAGCAAGAAGAUAAGGUUGACAUAUAUUCCCAGUAAAAAGAAAAACAAAUUUCUGCUUGAUCACAUGCAACAAAAAAAAUGAAGCUUAUUAAUCAGUUAACAGGAAAAGAAGCUUGUUGUUGUAAAUCUCAUUUUAAGCAUUUUCCAUCGUUAUUGGUGGAAAACUGGUUAAAAAAGAAGGUUUUGUUGAAAAAUGUUGGUUUUUCCCACUGCUGGCUGCUCUUGGAUGACAUUGUGUAUCAAGCAAGUGAUUCUUAACUUCAUUGUGAACUCCUAAAUUAAGAUAAUGUUUUGGUCAGAUUUCACUAGAGAUGCAUUUCUCACUAAACAUCUCCUUUGUUGACUGCUGUCAUGUUGUAUCCUACUUACAAAUCAGAAAUUGGCAGCCACAAGUGUUUGAAGAAAUGGAGACCUUUAUUUCAAGCAUUCCUUUCUACCCCCUUUCUUCUUCCUUGUUCCCCUUUCUACAUUUUCCCUCUCCUUCCUUUCUCCUCUUACACACGUCAGUCAUUUUACAUAUUUUGGGAUAACAGUCCUGCCUUCAGCAUUAUCAUUAAAUUAAUGAUAAUGCUGAAGGCAACCAAAGGGCGACAACUCAAUUUUAGUUGUCGCCCUUUGGUUGCUGAUAUGUCUUUGUAGGCCUGGGUAGAUAAAACAAAGUUAUUGAUAGGCUUAUCUUAGUUGAUAAAUCCAUAGUUUUGUCAGUCACUCCUUGCUAUUGCUAAGGAGAAUUCAGAGACCGGAUUGGAAACUUGUCACAAACUACUAUAAAAAUGUGGUUAUUCCUAAUACUGUCGGAUGAUAUUGUUUUCCAAAAUUUGGUGUGGAUAUCUUUUUGUUAUUUUUGUUGUUGUUGACUUAAUACUUAGGUAAUGGAGGUAAAACUGGUUAAUGUAUAGUGUUUUUUUUAUCUUUUGAAAGAUAUGAUAAGGAGGUAGCAGCUCAUAAAAGAACUGAUGAUGCCUUAAAAGCUGCUCAAAGAAAAUUGUCCGACAAGGAAGCACAACUGGCUGCAGUGAACCGAGAAGCUAAGAACCUUGAGGAUGUCGUAAAAGAUUUACAAAAAGAGUGCCAAGAACUGAAGGAUGCUCUGGAGUCUGCUAAAUAUGCUCUUGAACAAGAAACACUCAGCAGAGUGGACUUAGAGAACAAACUGCAGUCAAAAGAUGAAGAACUCAAUUUCAAAAAGGAAAUGUAUAGCAAGGUACAAGAAUGAACUUAAAUUAUCCUAAUGCUAGUAGAGUCACUUUUUUAUGGUCUUAAGCAAUUGGCUUUUGUUUUCAAUUAAAAGUAAAUUAAUUAGUUGAACUUAAUUUAUGGAUCCUUUGGUUUCUCUUUCGUGUUUUCUACAUCUCCAAUUGUCGUUUACAGCUGCAUUAACUGUUUAAGUGACACAGUCGUCUUUUGUCCUUAUUUGACCACUAUGGCUACUUAGUAACAUUUCUUACUUAUCCUCUUCAUUGCGACUGGGUUGUAAGGCCACAAUCAUACACCACAACUGAACCCUGUCCUAUGUGGUUACUUACUUACCUCUAUUUAACUUGUUCUCCUUUGUUUAGGAAAUUCUUGAAAUCCGCUCACAGCUUCAAAGUGUGGAAUCACAGCACAUUAGAAUUGAAUCAGAUACCAAGUCGAAAUUUGAAGGAAUAUUACAAGAAAAGCUGCAAGAACUUCGAGAUCUGUAUGACACUGAGGCGAAGCAAUACAGAGAUGAAACUGACAACCUGUAUAGUUCAAAGGUAUGGCUGCUUAAAAACAUACUUUAUGGUGUGUUCAUAAGUACACUUUAAUAUCCCAAGUGGCAAGUGUUGUUUUUAUUAUUAUUAUUAUUAUUUUAUUUUAUGCUUCAAUCUACCCACAAAAUGGCAAACCUUACUUAGAAUGAAAUAUGUACUGGGCUCUGUUCAAAAGGCAAUACAAACAACAUAUGGAGAAAAAAUGGCUAUGUGAAAUUUUCCACAUAGCCGGUUUAUUAAACUCUGAAAAUCCAAUGCAAAUACAAACUGAAACUUUCAUUAAACAUGUAUUGCCAGCGAAGGUGAAGGCAAUCAACCGCCUGAAUAAUACAAACCAUGGAACAAGGAAGAGGCAGGAAUGGGGAGGAAGAGGGCUGAUGAAAAAAUUUUUGUGUGUCAACAAGAUAAAGAAGGCAACAUCCAUUAUACGACUAUCAAUAAAUACGACAUUACUUAAAGAUGCCAUCUUGAAUUCAAAAUUCAAAUCAGUACCGUCGAUUCCAUGUUCCUAGCCUCUUUCCACAUUACUGUACUCAUAAACUAUGUAAGGCUAAAUUUUGGGAUAUUAGUCCAGGCAUUUUAUCACGAAAAGUCAGUCAACCUGCCACUAAUUGCAAAAGAAGGUUUUUUAACGGUUUUUGGUCCAGGAACAUGUCCUCUAUAACAUAUCAAAAGUCCCCGAAAAUCCGAGUAGGGGAAAAUUAAAAUCGAGUUUUUUAAGAGCCCUAUAUAGACUAAUACUGAGCAGCAUGGAAAUGAGGUUGUAUGUACUGCCUGUUGUGUUGCUCGAGUUUGAAGCCCCGUACAGCAUGGGCUAGUAAAGACUGGGAGAAUUUAUUGUGUUUUCUUCCUAUGUAAGUGCAUUUAUGUAACGAUUAAAUAAAAGAACUGUUCUGUGUAAGAUUCUUAAAACAGAAAAGAGCACGUAAAACCUGUAGAAAAUAUCCACAAUUGUUAGCUAUCUAGUAACUGGUCUGAAAGUAAAAGUAAUAUCGUGUCCUAAGGUAAUACAAUUCAAAAAAAAAUAUUUGACUUGGGUGUCUUGAGUAGAGACUUCCAAAAUGAACUGAUCAUUCACCUCGGUGAAAAAACCUGUACUUCACUCAUCGCUUCGCGCUUACCUUUUUCGGGAGUCACAAAAAAGUCUAGGAAUCGUACCAUUUUCGCUAAAGCCAAAGGAAAUUUUUCACUGACUUAUGAAGUAAUAAAUUAGGCCCGCGCCCUGCAAUGCCAAAGUUCCGGUUCAAGUUGAAAAUUAGAAAGUCAAUGGGAAUUCCAAUACGCACAUUCGCACGUUUCGAUUUUAAAAAGAAAAUUACGGGAUUGAAGGUAUCCUAACUAUACUGAAAAGAAAGUUUUUCUUAUGACUCAACCAGUCUCAAUUUACGCGGGUAAUACAAUACAAACUUUAAUUAACACUCCCUAAAGACAGGGCUUUUCAGUGACAAUGAUAAUCACUUACGUUGAGAGUACGGUAUAUCUAAAAAUUACAAAAUUACAAUAAUAAAAUGUUUAAGAGAAAAAAUUAAGAAAGCUGAGAAGUAAAUAAAUAUUCAGUAGGAUUACAACUGCAACAAAAACUUUGGAAAAUACAAUAAAAUAGCUAUGAUACAAACCAAGACCGAUAAGAUAGGAAAGCAGCAAAUAAUUCGGCUCUAAGUUUACGCUUUAAAUUACAAGCAGAGUUACAGAGUUUGAGGAAAUUAUCUAAAUUGUUCCACAGACUUACUAUACGGUAAAAGAAUGUUCUUUGUCCAGAUUUACGGUCUUAAAUAAGGGUAUAUGCAGAAGUUGGGAGCUUCUGGAAACGUUUAUGAGGGGUAAGUAAGAGCGGAGCCAGUCAUUCUUAAAAGCAGGCAUGGCGUCACAGAGGUAUAGCUGAGAUUUAAUAGGUAGCCAAUGUAGUUCUUUCAGAAGCGGAGUAACGUGGUCAAAUUUUCUGGAAACACGGAUAAUCCAGGCUGCAAUUGUUCUGGACCGCUUGGAGCUUGAGAAGAUUAGUGUUCGCUGCAUUGGACCAGACGGAAGAGCAAUAAAACAACUUACUAAACACUAACGUGUUCACCCCGGGUGAAUUAUUGUGGUUAAAGUCAAUCUGUCAAACACGUACUUAACACGAUUAAUUUGAGCUAAACUUGAGAAGCAGGAAGAAACUGUUUUAACAAUAUGCUCGUGAAGUAAGGCUUGAGACGAAGUAUUUUCUGUUGCAACGGACUUGCCGCCUGCCCCAGAAUCGCUUCUUUAGUUAACCAGAUGCAACUGUUAGUCUGACUGUAGGCUAGCAGUAUGAGGUGCAUCAGUGUCGCAAGAAUGCUGAAUGGUGUACAGUGUUCCUGGCCUACAAAGGGUCUUCGCGCACAAAUUUUUCGAACACUGUAGACUACGAAAGUUAAGAUUCGGAAGACUAGCGUAUUUAAAAAUUAAUUUUGUAUAAGGCACAUGUAGAAUUGAAUUAAAGAGGGGUUUUCUGGUGAUGAUAUAGGACUUUUUUGUCGCAAGUCGUAAGCAAUUUUGUCUCGUAAUGUUUCAGCAAAAUCAGAUCUCACUGCUGGGGAGUACAUAGAUUCUAAAAAUCCUUAAUAUUUUACUUAUUCAAAUGAUACAUUUUUGGGAAAUGUUUUCACGAUUAAAGCCUUAAAAUAAUUUCUUCUUAAGAAUAUAUUCUUGGUUUUGACGAAAUGGCUCGAUUUAUAUCAAUAACAAAAGCUAAACACUAACUUCCGGUUUACAGCCUCGUUUUCAUGCUAUGGGAAAAAGGGACUCAUGUUAAGAGUCCUGUUUUGAGGUGUUCCCAUGCUUGGAUCUUUAGGGACUUUUAGCAUGUUCAUGUAUGGGAUAUUUCUAACUGGUCAAUGAUGAGAAAGCUUUUUUUGCAAUUAGUUGCAGGUCCGAUGACAAAAUGCCUGGACUAUAUUUUUAGGUCCCUGGCAAGUACAAAUUGACAAAAAUAGUUGCAAACUACAGCGACUGAGAAGACAAAACAGGCAUAUCGGCCUAUGGCCCCUGGAUUUCAAAAUAUUAAAUAAGCCACUUCUGAAACUUAUGGGCUAUUGCAGUGAUAUGGUGGGCCAGAAGAAAAGAAAUUUGAGUAUUUUUACAAGAAAUAUAACUUCUGAUAUCAUGCUUCAAUUUUUAUUAUAGUAUCUUGUAGCUGCUGUAAAGUCAGCAUAAUAAAAAUUUACAGUGAAACAGUAAAUCGCAGUUAAUGGAGCGUGAUGUGCCAGAGCUCCGGGGGAUUGUAAUUGUUAUGAGCAGAGCCACUCAAGUGAUUAAUGUGCAAUAGUAUAAUAUCUUUGUUUUAUCGUCGGUAGUACAAUGGUAUAGACAGGUACCAAGGUCAAAAUGUUGCAACACCGUCUAGUACAUUUGUAACAUUUGUCCUGUAUGGCUAGAUUCCUUAAAUGCCUCCAUAAUUAUUCAUUUCUUGUUCAGUUGUACACAGCUUGUGUUCUUGCAAUGCUAUUGCAUCAUCCAUUGGCUUAGUUUUAGACAUAUGUCUAGCUAUAAAAAGGUUAUUUUUUUGGGCAAAAUCCCUCAUUCACUUAGCUGCCUUGCUUACUGAACAGUUUACUCAAAUUUUGUACCUUUUCCCUCUCUCCCUCCCUUUGGAGGUGUUGUUGUUGUAUAAAUAAAAUGUGGUUUACCUCUCCUAUGUUGCUAUCGGUUUGGUCUUGCAGCAACUUCCCCAAGCUUUGUGUUUUCGCACUGUUUCAUAUUGUUUGAUAUAGCUUAGGAAUUCCAUAAUCAGUUUACCUUAACACAGGAGGGGCAACAUAAAUCAACUUUAUAAACAAGGUUUAAAGGAAUCUUUCUCUGGUUACUUCAAUUUAGGGGAAAACAUUACUGACUUAAGUCCUCAGAUGGGGUAACUUCAGAGAACAAUACAGUCCACACCCCUCCUCCUCCCUUGCAUUCAAAGUUGGGGUGUUUGUUGUUUUCUGCAGUUGGCUUGAACAGUGGCACAACAUGGCAUGGAGGGGAUGGGGGAGGGAAAGCUUUAUUUUCCCUUUUUUAAGUAUAGAGCUAAGUGUCUUGAUUAAUUUUGUCACCAAUUGUAGCAAGUAAUCAACUUCUGUCAUUAGCUCUUGGUUCUUAUCAAAAGCGCUGCAUGUUAAAGGGUCAAAUUUUUGGCAGAUUGAAUUUGAGUAUCACACAAUCUCCAUUUUUCAGCAACAGGCUAAACAGGCUUUUUGUAGUAUACAUUAUGCAGUUUUUCUUUGCCCUAUUUUGUUGUGAGUUUAUUUGUUUCUUUUAUUUAGUAUGAUGAGCUACAGAAAAUGUCUGCCAAGGAUGUUGAGGAGCUGACAGUUAUUAGAGAAGAAAAGAGAACUCUAUCCAUAACAGUUGAAAACCUCAAAUCAGAUUUAAGCCAGUUGCAGUCCAAGGUAAAAUAUUUGCCUCUUGUUUCAUCUCCAUAAUACAAUGUUAGUGAAACUAAUGAGAAAAUCAAAUUUGACCCAUAACAUGUACAUGUAGUUAUUUAUAGUCUUAAGGCUCUAAAAAGUAUCUUUUGAAAACGACUUCUUCCUUUUGAUUUGUUGAUUUAUUGAUUCAUAUAAUUAUUAUUGCUUACCUUGAACUUAUUUUUUAAAUCAGUAAAUAAUGUGAAUUUUCAACAAACAGUAAUUAACAAUUAUUGGAUAAGGUUGAGCAAAAUAUUGUGAUUUGUCUGUGGCAAGCAGAUCAAUUAUUUGCCGAAGCCGAAGGCAAAGGCAAAUAAUUGAUAUGCGAGACACUGGCAAAUCAUGAUAUUUUGCAAUAACUGAGUUCAAUAAUUGUUUUAUCAUUAGAUCACCGAGUUUGUCUAUUUAAUGAAUAUCCUAGGGAAGCGAAGCGAUCUGCCAUUUUCAGCAAGAGUGAUUGCAAGAAGGAGAUAAGCACAGUUUCCGUUACGCAUGUGCAGAAUAUUGUUUGAAGCCAAACACAGUUGGACAGCAUUGCGCAUGAGCAGACCAUUAUUAUUUUGUAGGCAGUUAUUUGCAGGUCACAUGGUGGGCUCUUGGCCAACGAAAAGAAAGAAAAAUUUGCUUUGAAUGAUAAUCCAAUUUAUUUGCAAACAGUUUUCUUUUUUUUGCAUAUUGGUGGGGUUUAUCAGAACAUAUAUUUUACAUGUACUCAAAAUCAUUUCAGCUGCUUCCCAUCAGACAAUAAGGUUAAAACUUGGUACAAAUUUUAGUUUGGAAAAAACGGUAAGUUAUAACUUAUAUUCCAUAUGCAUUGUAUAAAAACCCUUCUCAUUAAUUCAUUCAGAAUGCAAGCCUGAUUCUAAGAAUUGAAGAUUUAGAAAAGUUACGAGCGGGGGACCAAGCGAGAGCUGAUGAGGCCAUUGCUAAUCGAGAUGCUCAAAUCAGAGAGCUGAGAAAGAGAAUUGAUGAGGCCCUCAAAGAUUAUGAGGACCUGAUGGGAGUGAAGACAGCACUCGACUUAGAGAUUGCAACAUACAGGAAGAUGCUUGAAGGAGAGGAGACAAGGUCUGACAGUCUGUAACAAUGUGUGCAUGUCUGCAAUUUAAUAGAAAAGUGGCAGUGGAGGUUUUAUCUUUACUUUUGUUUUUCCCUUGUUUGUUUCUUUUGUAAGCUUGCUUCAGUUCUGUAGGAAAAACUUUUGAAAAAUGGCAAAGGAUCUUAAAAAUAGUUUUAAAACAAAUGCAGGUGGACAGUGAAACAAAAAUUUCAAAUUUUGCAGUUUCAGUUACAUGUUCAUUGUUUUGUUUGUUUGGUGUCUCUCAGUCUCUGGCCGGCUUGACCAAACUGCACACAUUUCAGUAAUUUUUGGUAGAUCUCUUCCUCUGUCUCUGGAAAUUAAAACUGAUAUUGUCACAAGUAGUACAAGCUCUGAACAUUGUUUGAAACCAGAAGUUAUGAGUGGUUCUGUCUUUAAGAGUCAUUUUCAUGUAGAAAAUUACCUGGAAAAUAGUACCUGGAAAAUCCAAAGGCUAGCUGUCUUCCUUGUGAUAACAAACAUUUUUGUUUAUUCAGGUUGAACAUCACUCCACCAGCAUCACCAGUAUUUGGAGCCUCUUCUCAAUCUAGUAGACGUUCUGUCAAGCGAUUGCGCCCAGAUGAAGAAACUGUAGGAACUAAGUAUUCAAGCCAAGGUUAUAUUCAAAUCAAGGAGGCAAAUGCUGAUGGCAGAUAUGUCAAGUUGUUUAAUAGUGGUGCAAAAGUAAGUUUUCUUAGAGUUUUUAAGUGCAAUAUCUGCAUUCUUUGUUAAUAAUAUAUUUAAGGUCCUUUGAUAUCAAUAUUUUUAUUGUUUUCUGCUAAAUUGGCUUGAGGUCCUUUGAUAUAUUGUUUGGAAUUGGACAAUAUAUACUUCCUACUGAAAAACAUCUGUGGUAAUGUGGUUUCAACCCUUCUGUGUGUGUGAGUGUGCAAAGUGUGUGCCUAUUUUUGCAACUCAGCUCAGCAACUGCUGUGUGUUUACACUGAAAACCUUCAAAGAAAAUUUUGUAUCCUUGUGCAAGAAGGAAAAAGUAUGGAUAAAUUAAUAAUCAUCUACAUGUGCAUGAACCAGUCUUACAUUUUACAUGUAUUUCAGCAAAUACUGUAAUAACUCUCUUCCCAAUUCCAAACAUCCUCAUUAAUUUUUUGGAUAAGGGUAGAGCUGGUCAUACUGUUAACACCUGAUAUUGACUGGCCUUUCUCAGGAUGUUCCUCUUGGUGGCUGGACUGUUGAAAGAUCGGUGAAUGGUGAACCUCCAGUCAUUUACAAAUUCACCCCCAAGUAUGUCUUAAAAAGUGGCUCCUAUGUGACGGUAAGUCUUCUUAUUGGGUUUUUCUCUAUUUGUUUUUUAAAACCUGUUAACAAGCAAGCAACCUUGUGUGGCUACAAUUUUUUGUGUGGCUAAUUUUAUGACCCAUUUUUAUGACAUUGAUACAGCAUUUACUUUUGUAAUUUUCUCUAAAACUACAUACCUCCUUUUGAAAUUACAUCAACACUUGGGCAUAAAUAACCACUUGGAAAAAUAAGGUGUAACUACCCUAAACCCCAACAUAGUCACUGUAACUACAUGAAUUUAUGGCUCUAGUAAAAUAUAACCAUGCAGUGUUGUUUUGUUGAUGUCCUUCGAAAGUCUACGUUUCGAGGAAAUUCAAGACAAUUCACUAAAUCUGUCAUAAUUUUAUGGAAAAACAUGCUCGUGGAUGUCCAGUCGUCAAUGUGCAUGCUAAAAGCCUGCCGUGUACUAGUAAUUAUUAUCCAACUACAUUAGUAAAUAAAAAUGCACAAAACAUGUCUUAAUUUACCAUGAUAUUUUGUACAGUUGGAUAUUUAAACCAUUAAUGGAGUUGUUUAAGUCUAAAAAUCUUUGCCAACCUUAUAUACUUAACUGUAACCUUUUUUAUUUGGCAAAGGUCUAGUUCGGGAAGUGUAGGUCAGCUAGCUUAACUUGACUUAAAUGAAGGAGCCAACAGCCAAUAUUUUGAAGGAAUCAGCUCUUACACAUAAGCCUUUUGAAUUGGCUCUCUUCUUGACUCCUAAUGAGCAAACAAAUGUUUAUCUAAAAAAGUCUAUCAAAAAGACACUCAACUAUAUGACCGAGGCAGCUUGAGACUUAAGCUAGCGUUAAGCAGAGAAUUCAAGACUACACCUCCCUGACCUGACAUCCUGACAUAGCCUGAUAGCCAAGCAAAUUGGUGCAAGGAAUCCUUUCAUUAGCAACCAGCUUGAAACAUUUAAAGAAUUUGGCAUGACAAACUGAAACCAGACAUAUGAUCAGUGAAUAUUCUCCAAAGCAGUCCCCCGCCCCCCCACUAGAAAUUGAGAAGGAGACCUGUUCACUCCCCAUGGGAAGUUAGCUCAGGGUCUGAGCUUGAUAAUGAGAUCAAUCAAGACAGCACACCCCCUAUGAAAAUUCCCACCACAAUCCUGUGCGAAUAUUUCAAAAUUUGGCUGGAUAUAAAUAAUGUUUUAUAUAUUGCCUGUUAUUACCUUCAUACACUGUAUUUCUUUCACUGUGUUUCAUUAUGUUAUUGAGUUUUUAAAAAUUACUGAAAUGUCAAAUUAUAGAUCUGGGCAUCCCAAGGUGGCGGCCAGCAUAAACCCCCAGCAGAACUACUUUUCAGACAAAAGGGAAACUGGGGUGUCGGCAAAGAUACCAGCACAGUUUUAAGAGAUGCUGAUGGCCAGGUUUGUGUCUGUGUUUGUAACUUCGCUGAUGAGGAUGAGGAGGAAAACAUUUUCCAACUUGAACUUCUUUCCCGUCAAGUCGGUGUCUCUUUUAAAUAUUCAGAUUUUGCUUGUUUUUCUUGUAGAACUGUUUAGAAGCUUAUCAUCUCAAACAUUUUAAACAUAACAAUUCUUCUUUUUGCAUUACUCAAUUCCACUGCAGCCAUGUGAAUAAUGCAAUUAACAACUAUUGUUAGAGUCUAUUUCUACGAUGGAGUAAACAAGAUUGCAAUUAUUUAAGAGGCAUUUCACACAGAAUUUUACCUUCAAACCCUUCACAGUGUAUAGUUAAGUUAGGGUGUUCAGUAAAAAUGAAAAUCGGAAACUUUCUGAUAACAGUAUUCUAAUCAGCAGACUUCAUCAUAAUUAUUUUGUAACUUUUUAACGAAAUAAAGUAUCCUAAAACAUCACUGUAAAUACAAUGGUGUCAUAAUUGUUUUCGUCGAGUUUGUAUUUUUGUGUUGAAAAAAUAAAUAAAACUAUUUUACAAGUAAUGAUGUGUUAGCUUCACUUGAAAAAAUCAUUAACGCUAUAAAUGUGUAUAAGUGUUUUCCGAACUGACUUUAGAAGAGAACAUGGAAGCUUUGGCAGUACUAACUUAGGGAGUUACUGUUCGAGCAUUGAAAGAGACAAUUUUUCUCCAACCUAUUCGGUUCCUGAGCAAGCAUUUUCCAUCCCUGUGUUAAGAUUUUAUACCAACUGGAAUAUGAAAGUGAAAAGACUCUGUGAUGCUAUGUGAACCGCGCCUCUUAAACUGAGUGGACUUUGACCCCUAUUUUUGGAUUAUUCUAAGAAAUUGUUUUACAAAGGAAAAUUGUUUUUUGCUGGCUUUCUUGACACGUUGACAGACUUUUGUUUGUGUUAAUUUGAUGUUUCAAUAAUUGCAGGAAGCAGCAACUGCAGUUACUGAAGAAUUUAGUGUAAUAAGGAGUGAUGUCACAGACAGCCCAAGGAUGCAAGGACGCCGUGAAGUAAGUGCUGUUCUUUAUUACUUACCGCUGGAGAUGGUGACAUAAAUUUUUUGUGUGAGGUGUGUUGACAUGAAAUAUUGGCUGUCUAAAGCUAAGAUCGAGGUAACUGCUCCCUGUCUUGUUUCGCACUGACUGUCCGAGCUCAAUAGCAAUUUGUUUUGUCAUACCUUCGGCUCUCUUUAUGAUGGACAUCUUUUAGACCAGCAUUAGCUGUCCGUCGAAGAGUGAUGUUCAUCGUAUAGAGAGUAACAAAGGAAGGCAGGGAACAACUAUAGGUGUCCUUUUUAGCGCAGUGUCCAUUUUAUAUAGAGGUGUCUGUUAAGACAGAGUUGACUGUAAAUUAUUUAAUGGUCUCUAUUUUUAACCCUGCAGAAAGCCGUGUUUACUUUUUGUUCCAAGAAAGAUAUCUUCUAUUUCGUGUAUGCAGCCUGACGUUAUGACUGUUAAUCCUUAAUUAAGAUUUUGAUAAAAGCAAGGCAUGAUGAAAAAUCAUUCUCAUCAAAUCUGAGUUGUUUUGUCAAUAUAUAUCUAGUGUCUUGAUAGCAACAACAAUAUAGAUAGCCGCAUAAAAAAAAAACGACUUUCUUUACCAGACAUGUUUCGUCGGUACGUCCGUCGUCUUCAGUGUUACAUGUGAAAUUUUCGUUGAAUCGCGCACAAUGUUACAAAGUUCGUCACUUUGCAUUAACAAUAUUGUUUACUUCAAGUUUGAAUUAGCGACAGAGUCAUGUUUAUGUGUUUCACCUGCUGAUUGAGGUCGGGUUUGGUCGGAUUCCUUAAGCUUAACUUAAAACUCAGUAGCUGCAGAGUCCAGGAUCACGAAGCAAUCCGGUGUGCAGGAUGGUCGAAAAGCCCCUGAACUCUGCAGAUGUCUAAACACGUUCGAAGACCUGUAGGAAAAUAAGUGCUUGCGUAUUCGAGUGGAGAAGUGUUGGCUGGUUUCACCAACAAAACAAGCAUUACAACUUGCGCACGAAAAUUUAUACACCGCAAGUGUGCGAAGCCCUUCAGGGACAACAUUUUCCACAUUAACAAGAUUCUUGAUUUUGAAAGAAGUGAAGCCUGACCUUAUAUCAAUAGGUUUACAUAAUUGUUACCAAGUUUGCAUAUCCAUCUCUGUUGUGACUGAGAAAAGCAUUUGUUGAUAAGGUUCUCAGGGAAGAGAUUCUUCUGUAGGAUGACAAACAAUUUUUGAAGAUCAGUUUGGAACCCCAUCCAAGUGUUGUUUAUCUCAAAGGUUCCAUCAAUCAAGGUUUUAAUUAAUCCCAAUUUUUAGGUAACGGGGAGAAACUCCUUAAAGAUAAACAACACUUUCCCUGUAAUUUCCUUAAUGUUACUAAUUUAAACUUUUAAGUACGCAAUAUUACGAACUUUAACAUCGCGCACGGCUUAAAUUCAACGGCGAUUCACAAUAUGUAACACUGAAGAUGACGGAUGUACCGUCAAAACAUGUCUGGUAAAUUAAAGAAAGUUGUUUUGUUUAUGCGAAUAUCCAAAGUGGUUGGAAAACUGCAAUAACUAUUCCUGUUCUUUUUUUUUUCUAGGGAGAAACUGCCAAAGGCUGCAUCAUUCAGUAGUAAUUAUUUCUGCUUGUGGGCUUUCUAGCUAGGGAAAAUAACACUUUGAAUAUGAUUAGGUUUAUAUCUUUACUGUGUAAAAUAAAGAGCCAGAAAUUUUUUUUAGCUUUCUCAUUAUCACGCAAAUUGAAACAAAUUCCAGUGUGAUAAAUUUUUUAACCCAAAUUCUUGUAAUCUCUGUUGCAACUUAAAUCGCCAGUAUGAACUUGAGUAAUUUAUGGUACAAUCUGCAUCAGUCAUUUAUUAAGUUAUUUUUAUGCUGCGGAAUUUACUGUUAAAAGCUUUUAAAGCUGACAUUUUGUAGCAUCAUUAGAUGUUUGAAUUGCCAGAGGCUAUCUUUCGUUUUUCUCUCACGUUGACACGAAAAAAUAGUAAGAAUAUUAGAAAGGAUCUUAUAAUCUUCUGUUUCACGUUUUUAGCAUUCUAAUCCUUCGUUAAAGGAAACUAGUAGAACGGAAGUAAAAUGGGAAUUGUGUAUGUUGCGUACUCCAAAAGAAAAAAAGGUUAUCUUACACUUAUCGCCCAGAGUAAGUGCUAAGGUAAUGUACUUCCAUCAUUCAAACAGGAAGGGUUAGUAUAUGUAAUGAAGAGAAAACUAAAAUAACUUUUUAAACGGAAAUAUACUUAUCUUAAGCAAAUUGAUGUGCUGGCAAAUUGAUAGCUUAAAAAGGGCAGAUGUCAGAA